UGCGCCCAGAAUUUGGAUCUCUCAUCGGUUACACCUUGAGUCCUGUGCAGGUCAACCGGACAAAGAAAAGGCUGCACUCUCAGCCUUACAACAACCGAUCCGCUCCGCUAGCUCACCAACUCGGCAACUGGCAUUGCUUGAACGCGAAGAAGAGACAAUUUGGGAAAUUGAGCCGCUGCUCUGUCCGUUCAUUUUGAACCAUAGUCGUCGUUCCUUUUUACUCCCGAGAAUCCUCGGGCGACAUUCGUUCUUGAAUACUCGAACUAAUCACUAUUGUUUUUAGCGUGUAUCAGUCUGUUGUAUUUACUGUCAGAAAGCAACCAUGGUCUCCACAGCUCUCUCCGUGUUGACGGCCUUCCUGUCUCUGGGAGGCGUUGAGUUGGUCGCAGCGCGACACGCUCCGAAUUCCCCAGCCGCGAGACCUCGUUACUAUUUCCCCCGGGAAAUCAAACGAUCGGUUCAUGGCGGUUCCCAUGCCCUGAGUCAUGAGGGCUCGGCCGAAAAGUACAACAUUGGCGUGAAGAGGGAUACGGACGACAUCGUCGACCAAGGAACCGCUAUCUCAUCGGUCGUCCCGGAUCCGACAACUACAACUACUACCGCCGUGCCAGUCAUCACGGUUCCCGUCAUCAUCUACGUUGACUCUCUCGGCGUGACACAUACGAUAACUGAGACGCCGACGCCUACAGACACAACGGUUGCAACUACAUCGGCAUCCACCUCGGCAUCCACAACGGCGGCCACGACUGCUGAUGACUCUACAACGGCGGCCACAGGUUCCACUGCCGCCCAGACUACUGCUCCGACUACUUCUCAAACCACCGCCCAGACCUCUGCCGAGACCUCUGCGGAGAGCUCUACCCCUACGUCCGCGGCCACAACAACUGCGGCCACGACGGAGGCCACAACCAGCGGCAAUGUCGUUAGUUCCGUUCUCUCUGAUGUUGGUUCCAUUGUCGGAGCUGGCGCGAGCACCACCGCCGCCGCAUCUUCCUCUGCGGAGAGCUCCAAUACCGCUACGCCUACCCAGUCUGAUGAGACCACAGUCGGUCUCUCGACCGCGAUCUCGACUCCCGCAGCCGCGACCACCGAGGCCACCUCCGCAACGGCUAAUCUUUUAACUGAAGCGUCUUCCUUGGCUACUGAUAUUCUUUCUUCGGAAACAGCUAUCAUCCCUCUCUCAUCGUCUGCCGUUCUCUCUGAGGUUACAUCUGUGCCCACUGAAGCUUCGUCCGUCCUCGCCGAAGCCUCGUCCGCUCUCGUCGAAGCCACAUCUGCGCCCCUCGACGCCACAUCCAGCAGCAUCAUUGUGCCGUUGGAUGAGACUACGGCUCUCUCGACCCCCGCUGCUUCCCCGACUUCCACGGCUACCGAUGCGACUGGUAGCUUGACGGCCAUCUCUGUCGACGUCCCUACGUCCUUUUCGACCGUGCUACCCUCGGUGCCCGUGACUGAUACUGCCGUUCCCACUCUGACUUCCGACGUGGCCGUGCCGGGCGUGUCGAGCACUGCAAUCCUCUCUGCAGGUGCUUCCGACACAACUGUCAUUCCUCUCAUUGGCACCACUUCCAGCGGCUCUGCGAUUCCUUCCCAGUCGAGUACGGAGGGCAGUUCGAUCAUUUCCCUGACCGGAAUCUCCACUACGGGCUCUGCCACCAUCAUUAGCCCGAGCGUUCCGACUGCGACGAGUGUCACCGGUCUUUCUGGGAGUGCGGUAGUGUCUUCUACUGUUGUUGCGACUGGCUCUGACGCGGAAACCACCACCGGCACUGCUGCCCUCUCGACGUCUGCUGUCCACACGCCCACGACUACCGCAGAAUCCUCCCGCACCACCGAGACUUCUACCCCCAGCGCUACCGAGGCCUCCAGCUCCAGCGCCGUCGAGACCUCGAGCUCCAGUACCACUGAGAAGAGUACGACUACCACCAAGACCACCGAGGCCGCCUCGACUAGCACCAAUAAUGACUGGGUUCCGUCCAGUAUCCUGGUUGAAACCACCCAGACGGCUACCAAGACCUCCUCCACCACCGAGACCUCCACCAGCACCAGCACCUCCACUGACCUUCCGGCUAUGAUCGCGCCUGCCGGAGGCAUUCCAUCAGCCCCUGCCAACUCGACCUUGAUCCAGAUUGGGUUCAACGGUGAACUUCGCUAUAGCUUCGUGGCCACCCACAGUCUGUCUUCCUCGCAGAUCUUCCUCUAUGUUCCCGAAGGUCUGGAGUAUGCUCUCGAAGUUUCGGCCGACGAGGUCCCCAUGUACGCUAUCGAGCCGUACAACAAUUCCGCGACCACCGGCUACAUCGCGACGGUUGCUCUGGCCUAUAUCCCCUCGGACUUGGUUGACUCCCUCGCUCAGAUGCUGCUUGAUCCCAACUCCAGACUCUAUGAACAGCCGGACACCUCCACCCGCACCAUGUUUUCCAUGAUCGAUCCCACCAUUCCUCUCGUGGUCGGGGGGUCCGCCGCUUCCAGCGGUGAUGACUCCAGUUCGGGUAGCAGUGGCUCUUCUGGAAGUGGCAGCACCAGCAGUGACAGCGGCAGUGCCUCGUUCGAUGACGACGCUGGCGCUGGCACCACCUCUUCCACCAAGGCAAGCUCGGUUGGCAUCGGUGUCGGUGCUGUGGCUGGCGCGGCCGCGUACGGUGCAGGCAUGUUCUGGCUCGCCCGUCGCUACAGGAACAAGCGCCAACUUCAUCGUCGCACUCCCUCCACCGCCGAUCAGAUGAGUCAAAUGCCCCGUGGCGGUUCCCUGUUCAUGACUGGAGGUCGCAUGUCGCACAACAGCCACAACAGUAACCGUACCCAGAUGAUUAGUGCUCCUGUCAUGGCAGAGAACUCUCUGGGGUGGAACUAGAAAAUUGAGGA